AUGGUCUGCGAUGACAACGUCUUUGGUCCAGUAAUCAACCACGACUGUCGCGCGGCGUUUGACUUCACUCUCCUCUUCGAGCAGACCAUUCUCUCCAUUGCACCGUCCGCGCUGUUUCUGCUGCUAGCUCCGUGGAACUAUGUAUACUUGCUGCGGGGCGCGCGGAAGGUUCAGCCAAGCUUUCUGGCCUGGUGGAAACGACUCUCAAUUCUGGUCCUCGGGGUGCUCCAGAUAGUGCUCAUAGUGCUAUGGGCACAGCCAUCAGCGCCGGCAACCAAGGCCUCGGUUGCAGCUGCGGCCUUGGGCCUCCCCGUGGUGCUGGCCAUCGGGUUGCUCUCCCACGCUCAGCAUAUGCGGUCGAUCCGUCCAUCCACCCUGCUCAAUGUCUACCUGUUCUUGUCUCUGCUGUGUGACAUUGUGCAGACAAGGACAUUAUGGCUCCUUCACGGAGCAACGGCCCUUGCGGGCGUCUUCACCGCCAUCGUGGUGUUGAAAUUGGUUGUUUUGAUGGCAGAAGCAGCAGAGAAGCGGCGACUACUGGAAACCAAACAUCAAAAUGCGACAAUUGAAUCGACCAGCAGCGUCUGGAAUAAAAUGCUGUUCUGGUGGGUAAAUCCCCUCUUGUGGAAGGGCUCCCGUACGAUCCUCGAACCCAACGACUUGCAGACGAUUGCCGAGAAGUUGCAUGGGAUCGCAUUAGAAAGGGUUUAUCCCAAUAUUCUAGCAGAAGUUACUGACCAGGAGCAAGAAUAUGGUCUCUUUGUCAGCCUGAUGCGCGCCUUUUGGCUCCCGAUCGUAUCUGCGGGUUUCCCACGAUUAUGUUUGCUCGGCUUCACCUUUGCGCAACCAUUUCUGAUCAAUCGUACCGUGAAUUUCGUUGGCCAGCCGCUAACAGAAGAGACCAAAAAUGCGGGAUAUGGUUUGAUCGGGGCGUUUGGGUUGGUGUAUAUUGGCCUAGCAGUUUCUACAGGUAUCUAUACCUAUACGAUGAACCAGGUCAUGAUCAUGGUUAGAGGGUGUCUGGUGACAACGAUCUACCGCCGGACCCUCGCGCUGAACACACAUGAACUCGACGAGUCUGCCGCCAUCACUCUGAUGAGCACCGACGUGGAACAGGUCAUGGUAGCGUUCGAAGACACCCAUGAAGUGUGGGCAAAUGUGGCUCAAAUUGGCUUGGCUGUAUGGCUCCUUGAGCGACAAGUGUCUUGGGCAUGCGUCGCUCCAGUCACUGUCUCACUUGCCAGUAUCGUCGUUUCCGGUCUCCUAGCCCCAAUGAUUGGUAAAGGACAGAUGCAAUGGAAUGAGUCUAUCCAGACGAGAAUCGACGUAACCGCGCGGACAUUGGGCCAGAUGAAAGAACUGAAGUUGCUGGGGCUGACGGAUAAAUUAACCUCACUCAUUCAGAAGCUGCGUACUGCCGAGAUUCAGAUCUCAACCAAGUACCGAAUGAAAUUGAUGACAAUUCUGUCCGUCUCCCAGAUUGCGCCCAUUUUCGCGCCCGUCGCAACAUUUGCUAUGUAUGCGAUCAUUGCUGCAAUAAGCUCACAUGAGUCACUACUGUCUGCUCAGGCCUUCACGUCCCUGUCGCUCAUAUCGAUUUUGUCAACCCCAAUUGUCAUUUUGACCCAGUCAGUGCCGGUAAUUGCGGCUGGCAUGGGUGCAUUGGCACGGAUCCAAAAUUAUUUGUCGACGAUCCCGCGACAGGAAAGAAGAGAAUUGAACGUACCAGUGCAGAGUCAGGCAGAAUCGAUUCUAGCCAUCGAGAAGCCUCAUCAGGUUGGAGAAGUGAAAUUUGCAAAUAAAGAUCAGCCUUACGCGAUCACGGUCGAGCACGGCACGUUCGGCUGGGAAAAUAAGACUGCCACUCUACAGGACAUUCAUUGCAAAUUUCCGACUUCAUGUUUGACGAUCAUCAUUGGACCUGUUGGGUCAGGUAAGACGACUCUUCUUAGAGGCCUUCUCAAUGAACUGCCUAGAAUCGAAGGGGAAAUAUUGGUUCAUGGCUCAUCCCUCGCAUUCUGUGACCAAAAUCCAUUCUUAAUGCACGCCACCGUUCAAAAGAAUAUCAUUGGCGAGUCAGUCUUCGACUCAAAAUGGUACCACAUGGUCUUGAAGGCCUGUGCAUUGGAAAUAGAUUUGGCCUUGCUUCCUCUAGGAGAUCAGACUAUAGUUGGUAGCAAUGGUAUGACGUUAAGUCGAGGACAAAAGCAACGGAUCGCAAUCGCCCGUUCGGUCUACUCAAAAGCAAGCAUCGUCAUUCUCGAUGAUGCACUGAGUGGGCUCGAUCGGCGCACUGAAAGACAAGUUUUCAACCAGGUGUUUGGGAAGGAGGGUCUUUUACGCCAGCUAGGCUCGACUGUGGUACUGGUAACACACGCAAAUUACCUUUUACCGGGCGCCGACCAAAUAAUUGUCCUAGGUCGUGAGGGAAACAUUGACAGCCAAGGAACCUUUCAGAGCUUGCGAACAACCAAUGGCUUUGUACAAAAGCUGUCGAUUGAAGAAUACACAGCGACAAAUGACAAUGGUGAAACUGGGACUACGAGCGCGUUAUCAACUCAAGACGAUCUCGUGCGAGCUGCCGAGACUGAUCUGAAAGACCGCCAAACAGGCGAGUGGUCCGUAUAUGUGUAUUACUUACAUGCUGCGGGGAAGAUGAAUUUCAUACUCUUCUUGAUAUUUGUUCUACUCGUUGCGUUUUGCUACAAUUUCCCUAAUCUAUGGGUCCAGUGGUGGUCAGAUGCCAACGAAAAGAGCUCGAAUGCUAAUGUGGGAUAUUAUUUGGGAGUCUAUGUUGCGCUGGCGGUGAUAGCAAUGGUGUCUCUGGUUCUAUCCUCCUGGUAUUUGAUGGUGCGAAUUGUCUCUAGAUCAGCAGAGAGGCUACACCAAACGGUGUUGAGGACGGUGAUGAGGGCACCUCUAUUAUUCUUUGCCAAUACUAGCGCCGGGGCCAUUACCAAUCGUUUCAGUCAGGAUAUGCGGCUCAUCGAUAUGUCGUUACCGAUGGCGGCCAUUAAUACUGCGCUGUAUGCAUUUUCCUGUCUCGUACAGAUCGUCAUAAUCUCAGUUUCAUCCACUUAUAUGGCCGUCACGAUACCUUUUGCUUUGGGUGUCAUUUAUCUGGUGCAAAAGUUUUAUCUGAAGACAUCACGACAACUCCGUCUCCUUGAUUUGGAAGUAAAGUCCCCGCUGUAUUCAAAUUUUAUCGAGACUUUGAAUGGACUUGUGACCAUCCGGGCCUUUGGAUGGUCUUCGCAACUGCAAGAACAGAAUACCCGACUCCUUGAUGAAUCUCAGAAGCCCGUCUAUCUGCUGUAUUGUGUCCAGCGAUGGCUAACACUAGUCAUGGAUAUGCUUGUGGCAUCUUUGGCCAUGAUCUUGAUUAUCUUAACAGUCUUCCUGAAAGGGUCAACCAGUGGCGGUGCGGUAGGAGUGGCCCUCGUCAACAUCAUGACCUUCAAUUCGGGCUUGACCAACAUGAUCAAGUGGUACACGUCCCUAGAAACGGCUCUUGGGGCCAUCUCGAGAGUGAAAAAGUUCGAAAUGGAGACUGUGUCUGAAGAACGACCGAACUCGACAUUGGGACUUGUGGAUCCAGAGUGGCCUCCAUCGGGAAGUAUUGAGUUUCAACGCGUGUCCGCAUCCUAUGACAAUGGAUCUUCCUUAGCAUUGAAAGACAUCUCGAUGUCAAUCAAAGCAGGUCAGAAGAUUGGCAUUUGUGGGCGCACCGGCAGUGGAAAGAGCUCAUUGAUACUGUCCCUCUGUCAGAUGAUCGAUCUCAGCGGUGGCUCUAUCUGCGUAGAUGGAAUCGACCUCUCCACCUUAUCCCGAGAAGUCGUUCGUUCCAGGUUUAAUUCCAUUACGCAGGAACCCUUCUUCAUCCCAGCCACAGUGCGUUUGAACCUGGACUUUACUGAAUCGCUGCCAGACAAGGCCAUCAUCGAGUCUCUUCAGAAGGUCCACCUAUGGGAUUUCAUUAAGGAGCGCGGCGGACUAGACGAGGACCUGGUGGCUGAUGCAUGGUCAUUGGGUCAGCAACAACUCUUCUGCCUUGCGCGAGCAUUAUUGAAGAAAAGCCACGUCCUCAUCCUGGAUGAAGUGUCUAGCAGUGUUGAUUCCGAAACGGACAAGUUGAUGCAAGUCAUCAUUCGCACCGAAUUUGCUAACUCUACAAUCUUCUCCAUUGCGCACCGUCUCGAUACCAUUUUGGACUUUGACAAGAUUGCAUUCCUGGACAAGGGCUCACUGAUAGAGUUUGACAGCCCCACGACUCUAUUGGAGAAUGAAUCUUCGGCUUUCGCCCGGCUCUAUAAUGGUUUACCCGAUUCGAGCCUUUAG